UACAGAUGUCACACACACACAAAUGUGUAAAAUCUUUGUUUUCAUACAGAAAACGGCCGAACUUUAAAUGUUAUAACUUAGUCAGAUUGAGUCUUGCAUAGAUACAACCAAAUCAUACUAUACAAAAAUAAACGGAUGUUAAAGUAAAUAUCAUUGUAACAUGUGAUAUAAAAAUACAAGAAAAAUAUACAACCAACCAUUAUCUGAAGCUGACGAAGUACUUGCGAAACUGCAUUACGGGAACUUACAAGUUACACAACAGAGCAGUUCAGAGCAUAUAAUGGCGUCUGGUUCACGAUCUCAUGCCAAAAUCUUCUGUCCAGCACAUCCAGAUGCACUGCUUAUUGAGGACUAUAGAGCUGGAGACAUGAUAUGUCCAGAAUGUGGACUAGUCAUAGGAGACAGAGUUGUGGACGUUGGUACGGAAUGGAGAACUUUUAAUAACGAGAAGUCCACAAAUGAUCCAACUCGUGUUGGAGCAGCAGAGAACCCACUACUUAAUGGUAGUGACUUAUCCACAGUAGUUGGGAGAGGAACGGGAGAUGCAAGUUUUGAUGAGAGUGGAGCAGCAAAAUAUCAGAAUAGGAGAACAAUGAGCAGCUCUGAUCGAGCCCUCACCAAUGCAUUUCGAGAAAUAAGCAACAUGGCUGACCGAAUUAAUCUCACAAAAACAAUAGUGGAUCGGGCUAACAGCUUGUUUAAACAAGUUCAUGAUGGGAAGACGUUAAAAGGCAGAAGCAAUGAUGCAAUUGCAUCUUCAUGCUUGUAUAUAGCUUGCAGACAGGAAGGAGUUCCAAGAACUUUUAAAGAAAUUUGUGCGGUUUCCAAAGUGUCUAAAAAAGAAAUUGGACGUUGUUUCAAGCUGAUUCUGAAGGCCCUGGAGACGAGUGUUGAUCUCAUUACAACGGGAGAUUUCAUGUCUCGCUUCUGCUGCAACUUGGGACUACCUAAUACCGUACAGCGAGCGGCAACGUACAUAGCUAAAAAAGCCGUUGAGCUGGACAUAGUGCCUGGGAGAAAUCCCAUAUCAGUAGCUGCAGCAGCCAUUUAUAUGGCAUCUCAAGCUUCAGAAGAUAAGAAAAAUCAAAAAGAAAUUGGAGACAUAGCAGGAGUAGCUGAUGUCACCAUUCGACAGUCCUAUAAAUUAAUGUAUCCAAAAGCUGCAGAACUGUUUCCAGAAGACUUCAAAUUCCAUACUCCAAUUGAUCAGCUUCCUACACUUUGAGGAUCUAGAACCAUCCUUUAGUGUUUUGUGAAGUUCAGAACCUAUGGUGAAGUUGGGAAGAGGGUGUGAGAAAAGUCAAGUUUGGUGAAAGCACUUUCUUGUCAAGCCACACUGCAGUGUAAAAAUUAAAUCUAUUUAUGUGGAAGAGAUUUCUCACCAUAAAUAAUUGUUCUUCUGUACCAAAAAGGUAUAAGCUGUUCAAUUAUUUGUUUACUUCAAAUUAGAUUCUAUAACAAUUCUAUUAAAAGAAAUGUUAUCUUAAAUAGAAUAACCAUUUGUUUCUAUAUAAUGAUUUGAUAGCUCACUCAUUUGGACAAAAUUUGAUUAUUAUUUCAGAAAUGUUUUAUAGGCAGUAGGCCUAUGCAUGUUUAAUAAACGUGUUUAAAGUAGUAAUUUUUAUUGUUUUACUCUCUGUCACAAAUGCAAAAUGCGAACACUGUUAAGAUUGAAGUGAAAAAACUUUGGAUAACAUUUGAUCUUGAUUAAAGAAUUUAAGAUGUGGUUUCUUUAUCUCUACCAAAGUGACUUAAGUAUUUUUCUCAUUAGCUUUACUAAUAGGCGAAGUAUUUAAAACCAUAAUCCCAAUGCUAGGCUUGACUUGUAUUACAGUUCAAUAUCUUUGAAGCAUGAAUGUAUAUGAACAUUUUGAUAAAUUAUUUCAUACAAAACAUAAAAAAAUUAUCGUCUUCCUUCUUUGAAAAAUAUGAUAUGGCAAACAGUCGUUUCUUAUGAAGUACAGUUCAAAUUAAUUUGCAUUGUUAUAACAGUUUCUGGCAAGCUGAUGAUUGUGUUUCUUAUGAAGUACAGUUCAGACUAAUUUGCUUUGUUAUAACAGUUUCUUGCAAGCUGAUGAUUGUGUUUCUUACAAUUUUGCCUUGUUAUAAAUUUCUGGCAAGCUGAUGAUUGUUUCUUGUGAAGUACAGUUCAGACUAAUUUGCCUUGUUAUAACAGUUUCUGGCAAGCUGAUGAUUGUGUUUCAUACAAUUUUGCCUUGUUAUAACAGUUUCUGGCAAGCUGAUGAUUGUUUCUUGUGAAGUACAGUUCAGACUAAUUUGCCUUGUUAUAACAGUUUCUGGCAAGCUGACGAUUGUGUUUCUUAUGAAGUACAGUUCAGACUAACUUGCCUUGUUAUAACAGUUUCUGGCAAGCUGAUGAUUGUGUUUCUUACAAAUUUUCAUUGUUACAACAGUUUCUGUGUGUGGGGAUUUAAGGCAAAUAUUAAGUUCAAGGUGAAGUAUCAUGAACUAGUAGUACCAUUUUUGAAAAACUGUGUAUGGUAUCAUUUAACCUGAUGGUUUAAUUAAACUUCAGCUCAGGCUACCUUAUUUUUAAUUACUCAAGUAAAAUAAUGAUAUAGCUAGAUGGUAUACGAGUUUAGCAGGAUAAACCCUUAUAACACAAAUAUUCUGUUACAGUCUUGUUCAUUAAUAACAGAUGGAACUAAACAGUUAAAAUGUUUUCAAGACUACAGUCAUAUGUUUAGGAGUAACAAAUUUUUUCUUUUGAAGUAAGAAAGAGUUUGUAAAAUGGGAGUUAGCCUUCGGACUGUGUGACCCCUGAUUCUGCCGUUUAGAAUUCAGUUUAGAGGUGUAGGAAUACAGAACAUUAUUAUUAAAUGCACUACAAAAAAAAAAGAAGUAAACAAGAUGUGAUUGACUUGUAUUAUUAGUAUUACUAAAUAGUAAUUAUAUCUAGUUAACAUUCAUCACCUUUCGAAAUAUAUUAAAUAUUGUUUUGAUUCCACAAAGAAAUAUUUAUAUUAGAUAAUAUUCGUCUCUGGCAUUAAAAUAAUACAGAGAAAUACAUUGUUAUAUAAAAAAUAAUGUAUAUAAGUGCAUAGUGCCCUUAAUCAAAAUAUUAGUCAAUUAUAACUCUCUAUCUCCUAGUUUUUAGAUAUUUUUUUUUUUGCUCGAGAGAUAGGUAUUGAUAUAUAUCAUUCCAAAUACUGAUCUAAAAUCAUAGAUAUUAUAAUGUCACAAUGUCUUAAUUGCCUGUAUUAUAUUACUAUUGCUAAAACCUUACUAUUUGGAAGAUAGUUUGUUUAAGAUAAUUUCUUAUAACAAGUAUCCUUUAUGAAACUUCUUUUAGUUGCUAUAGCUAGGGUCAUUAUUUAGAUACAUGUGUUUUUAUGAAAUAAGUGUUUUCUUUGUAUUCAUUUAAUUCUUGAUUAGCUAAACAUGUUACAAAACUAAAAGUAUAUGACUGUUGUAUUUGACUGGUAACUUGUAAUUUGUGUCACUUUUUGGAGAAAAAAAAUAUUUGUUGUAUUUACAAGAAUAAGUAAUAUAAUAAUUAUAUACACAUGUGUGUGUGUGUUGUGCUUAUAUAUAAAUACACACAUACACUUUAUUUGAAGAAUUUGUUUUUAUGAAAUAGGCUUACAGGGUGUUCAACUCUGUUUCCUGUAAUUUGAGCUUAAUGAUUAAUUGUUUUAUUACUGGCUUACUGUUAAUGUGAACUGAAUUCAACCCCCUAUAGGUUUGUCUCUUAAAAUUAAAAAA